UUCUUUCCAUAACUUUUUAACCACAAGUUCAAUCUUAAUAAAAUUCAAAAGUUAAGGGUUUUUCAGGUAGCCCGUUCAUUUGAAAUUAAUUUUGUUUUAGUCGGUUGUGUAGUUUCUGAGAUAUUGAUGUUUCGUGAUUUUUACAUUUUGAUACAUAACCUCUAAACUAGAAAUCCGAUUACAAUGAAAUUCAAUACGGUCUUAUGGGGCAACUAGACCUUUCAUUUGCAAUUAAUUUCAUUGAAAUCGGUCCAGCCAUCUCUGAGAAAAUCGAGUGAGAUUGGGAGAGCGUUACACACACAUACACACACAUACACACACACACAUACACACACACAUACACACACACAUACACACACACAUACACACACACAUACACACACACAUACAGAAAAUGUUCAGCUCGUCGAACUGAGUCGAGUGAUAUACGACAUUCGGCCCUUUUGAGCACUUUUAUACCUUUAGUUUUUGCAGUGAAUUCACUAAAGUAGGAGUUCUUAUGAAAACUAUAUUUUCUCCAAAUCUGUGCAUGCUAGAAAAAAACCUUCACCAUCUUUGGAUGCAGAAGACGUUACUCUAAAAAUAUAGAGCUUGAAAAUUAAAGAGCUAAGUUGAAACCUACCGUGGAAGACUGAGAAAAUCAGGUUUUCAUGAAAAUACGUACUUUGGUGAAUUUAAACUGCUUUUUCUCAAAAUGUUUGCAUGCCAAAAUAAAUAUUUCAUCAUGUAUAGAUCCAGGUGAUCUUACCGCAAAAAUGUAGAGCCUAAAAUUUAAAGAACGGUUUUGUUGUUUGAAUUUUAUAAAAAUACGUAGUUUUGUGAUUUUGUAGUGAAAUAAUUUGGAAGCCCCAAAAUUCACACUUACAUACCAUACUUCAUCCACCUGACAUGAUUUGAUACAUGGAGCAAUUGAUACGUAUGAAAAUUCCCAGUGUUUGCUCAAUCUGUUUGAAAAAUUGGAGAAAAACACAGACAUAUUUGCGUCUCACAAAAACGGGGAGGGGUUUCUCGGAGACCUUAAUCAAUUUUCCCGAAUGCGAACGUCCAAAUUCACAGAAAUGGUUGAAAAACUAUGAUCUUCUUAAGGCAACUAUAUUGUAUUUUAGGACAACCGCUCUUGUCGACCAGUGUAAUGUUUAAAUCGAUGCAAUAUUUAAACAACUAAACAUCAUGCAAUAAUUUCCUGUAACGUCCAUGAAAAUCUCGAAAAUAUUCAGGGUACCAACAAGCAGUUCUCAAGUAAAAUAAUAUAGCGAAAUCAAGUCGAAACAGCACCAUCUCAACUAUAAUUAUAGUACCAAAAGCACAAAGUGCAUUUAGAUACUUUGCUCAACAUAAAAAUUAUAUCAUCAAUGAUCGGUGUUGCACCGUAAAUGAUUCAAAACACCGCUAAACUUAUUUAUAUUUUGCUGUUGACACGAAUUUCCUUGCAGUACUUAUUUUCUAAAAGCUUCUGAAGCAUCUUCGAACGCGCAGAAGCAAAAUGUAAAAAGUUGGAGGAAUUUUAUAGGAAGCUCUGACGAGCUUUACGUUGUAUUGUUUAGUACUAGAAAGUACUAGAAACGAAAAUGUACUAUGUAUAUAGAUAUUAAAAGUUUCCUAGCUUUAUGGUUCAGCGAGAAAUUAUUAUUUAAAAAAAUAUUCUAAAAAUAAUUCAAUUAAAUGCGAUUUGUGCAGGUUACUUUAGUAUUUUGCAAUUUCGAAAUUUUAAAGUAUGGCUUAAGAACUUCAACCAAUAUUCUCAAGCACAUAUUUGAACAAUCCAGAAUAGGUUUCUCAAUUUUAUUGAAUUUGCUCACUAGAUUCCGAUUCUUAUUUAUUUGUGUUUUAAAACAACUUGUUAAAAAAUAAUACAUAUUUACAUUGUUUUAUUCCAUAUAACUUUUAAUUUGUGUAGUUUUGAAACAAAUCAGUUACUUAAAAUCAUUUGCAUUUAUGGCUGAUUACACAGUUGGCUUCAAGAUACAAUGCUGGUUUAAUUAGCAACCCACCCUGUGUUUGAGUCCCGACUUGGCUGAAAUUAUGUCUAAUAAACAGAACCGCACGAGUCACUUCAGCUUUGAUUCAUGGAGGGACAGGCAAGCAAGUAUAGGUUAUUACAUCAUAUGGCUACCGUAAACCAAUUACGGUACGUCUUUUUCAUUAGUCGUCAGAGUUGUUCAUGUUCGACGACUGUUUGAAUGAUUGAUUUCUGGAUUAAUCGAGAACAGUAUUCACCAGUGUUGAAUCCACAAAUUUCACCAAACCUUAUCUACAAUUUUAUCUACCUCUGAAGGUGAUGUUUUAGAUGACAACUAAAUUUAACAUGUUACAGAAUUGAUGGAUUCUCAUAACCAACUUUGCUUUCUUAUACAAGCAACUCACACUGCAACUAGGACUCCAUCAAAUUAUGUCAGAAAUUAUAAUAAUUUUAACAACUUUAUUAUUUACAAAUAUGAUUUAUGUGUUUCUGAGGUACCAGCUUCGCUACGUAGAAGAAAAAGGAGCCCAUAUGGAUACUGAAUAUUUCAGGCAGCUAUAAGCCAAGAUUGUAGAAUCAACAUUGGUUGUAACUUAAUUGGUGAAUUUUUCCCGAGACAGGUUUUUUCUCGAGCCUUUUAGAGAAGUCAUAGUAAAUAACUAAUAAUUUUUUAUCGAUAAACCAACUAAGAAAAGUUUCUACUUUGAAAAUUCCCUUGUAAAAACAAAAAUCUGCCUAUCGGAAACUAAUGAAAUUUGGAGACUCAUUCAUACGAUAAUAAAAAAAUCCCCUGCAAGGAAAAUUCGUUAUCUAAUAAAUUUUACGUCCUUGCGAUAUAACUUGCUCCAAGCAAUCGCUGUGACACGGGAACACUGAACGAUAAGGUCAUCGCUGAGGUUUGGCAGUGCCUUUUUUCGCAGGUAUAUAUUCAGUUGUUUUAGGCUAUCCAUAUCAAUAAGGCUAGAUUGUUAGUCAAGGUGUUUUCGCUCCUUAGUAAUAGAGCAGCUAGAUAAAUAUCGUACGGUUACUACUUUUUUCUGUACAGAAUGACCUCGUGGUUUUUGAUCAACAUUUUACUUGCAACGGUGACGAUAAUUGUAAGUGGCCAAAAAAUUAUUUCGAUAACUGAAUUUCAAACUUCUACCUGCAGCGGAGAAGGCUUCAUCUGUAUGACGUGUCGUACGGCCGCACAAUGUCUGUUCAUAAAUGGUGAAUGGCGUCCCCAGCCUUUCGAGGAUUGCGACGAAGAUAACGGGUUUUACUGCAAUGUACUAGAAAGAGGUUGUUCUCAAAAUGUUGGUGCUUGCAGCCCUGGCCAAGAAGGCAGUUUUGUAUGUAACACUGAAGGGGUAUUUCCUAAUCCAUUUGAUUGCCAACGAUAUCAUUUGUGCCGUCAAGAACAGCAAAACAUGGUGUCUAUAAAUAUGGUUUGUGAUACAAUGGCUUUUUCGGCCGCAACAGGGGAUUGCUCACUGCAUCGCAAUGAUACUAUUUGCACUACGUUGCAAUGGAGCUGUUCACGUGCAGGAGAAAUGAAUAGCUGGCCUGGAAAUAAUAACAUCUACUAUCUUUGUAUCGUUGAUACUCAGUCUCGUGCUCUUUAUCCUCAACUAUACCGUUGUAGUGGUGAUCAAAUAUUCAAUGACGGUCGAUGUAUGGAUAGACAAGGUGUCUCUAGUACUACACCACCGGAUGAAGAUAAUUCGUAUCGCUGUGAAUCCGCUGGACUGUUCCCCGAUCCCAUUGACUGUCGCUUCUAUUACUUCUGUGAUAGCAACCUCAACUCACAACAUCUACAAUGUCCCGCAGGAACAAUAUUUCAAUCGAGUACCGCAUCUUGUGUUGUAGGAACGUGUUGAAUACUUAGUGACAAAGGACGAAUGUUUAGUGUAUGAUGAAUAAAAUAAUGUAAAUAUAAUAAUAUUCAAUAUAAA